AUGGGUUCUAAUCUUAGUAUUAAACCAUUGCUCUCAAUCAUCACAAUCCUCAUCUUGAUCCAGGCGCCUGCAACUUUCUGUCAAAAUAAUUAUAGCAGUCCUGGUGAGUAUGUAACCUGCGGCGAGCCAUUCAACUGCGCCAAUAUUGAAAACAUAGGCUACCCUUUCUGGGGAGGAAGCCGCCCGGCAUUCUGCGGCCACCCAGGUUUCGAGUUGAACUGCCGUAACGAGUUCCCGGAGAUCACAAUCCGGUCAGUGCAGUACAGAAUCUUUAACAUCACCAACCAUUCCCAGACAGCCAAUAUUGCCAGAGAUGAUCUGUUAAACAACAACAUUUGUCCCUUGCAUCUUCAAAACUCAUCCUUGGACUUCAACCUCUUCACCUACGUCCCUUCUGGCUAUCACAACAUCACUCUGUUCUACGGUUGCGCCAUCAAAAACCGCGUCUCAAUUGGUCGAAUUUCCUACCACUUCUCAGUCUUGAACUACAGUGAAGCCAAUAAUCUGGGCUUGGAUUGCAACGCCACAACAAGCCAUUCAUCGUUUGGUAACUUUGGUUCAGUAGUUCCCGGCAUCUUCAACUGCAGUGGAGACGAUUGCAACAUCGUCUUCAAAUACGACUGCAGUGAAGGCAAUCCCGGCGGCUCGGCUUGCAACGGCACAACCCGUGCGGCGUUUGGUUCAGUUCCCGGCGGCAUCUUCAACUGCAGUGAAGGCAAUUCCAGCUUGAAUGGAUUUGGGCUCGGGGCGUCGCCCGUUACGGAUUUGUUGGUGGAUAUAACGUGCGGGAAUGAGAUCUCUGCUACUGUGGAUGAAGGGGGUUUUGAGGUUUUAGGUGAAGCUUCCAGAUUUUCUGAGGAGGUGGUGAGAAGCUCCAUUGCUAGUGGUUUUCCAGUGCAGUGGAAGGCAAAUGAUGAGAUAUGCAAGGAGUGCGUGAGAUCAGGGGGACGAUGCGGUUCCGGUGGGAUGAAUUCAUCGGAAUUUGUUUGCUUCUGUGUUAAUGGAACUUCUUCUUCAUCGAUCUGCACUCGCAUUCACAGUCAGGCUAAUACUUAUAGCAAUGGUACCAUUGAAUCUAAAAAAGGGCUUAGCACUGGUGUGAAAAUUGCAGUUCCCAUGUUUGGCUUACUUGGAGUAAUACUAACUUCAGUGCUUACAAUCUGCUUUCUCAAAAGGAGAAGUUUCUGGAGAAGGGGAGAUGAAAAGCUGGAAAACAUUGAAGCAUUCAUAAGGGCUAAUGAAUUUCAUGCUACCAAGCUAUAUACUUAUUCCGAUAUAAAGAAGAUGACCAAUUCAUUCAAUGACAAAAUAGGAGAAGGGGGUUUUGGUAGUGUAUACCGAGGAAAGUUACCUGAUGGGUGCCCAGUAGCUGUGAAGCUAUUGACCAACGCAAAGGGUAAUGGAGAAGAUUUCAUCAAUGAAGUUGCUAGCAUUUGUCGAACUUCCCACAUGAACAUAGUUACUCUUGUAGGAUUCUGUUAUCAGAGGAAAAGAGCGUUGAUAUAUGAAUUCAUGCCGAAUGGAUCAUUAGACAAGUACAUAGACAACAAGGAAUCACCAGAUAAGAGUUGUCGGUUGGAGUGGAAGACAUUGUACCGGAUUGCAAUUGGCAUUGCCCGAGGACUAGAAUAUUUGCACGGAGGUUGUAACACAAGAAUCAUGCACUCUGACAUUAAACCUAACAACAUUCUUUUGGACAAGGAUUUCACCCCCAAAAUCUCUGAUUUCGGCCUGGCAAAACUGUGCAAGAAAAAGGAGAGCAUUGUAUCUCUAUCAACGUUUGGUAGAGGAACAAUAGGAUACAUGGCCCCAGAAGUUUUCUUCAGAAGCAUUGGAAGUGUCUCGCACAAAUCUGAUGUUUAUAGCUAUGGCAUGACUGUUAUUGACAUGGCUGGAGUAAGGGAGAAAGCAGACACGGAUCAGACAAGUGACUCGUGUUUCCCGGAUUGGAUAUAUGAGCAUCUGGAGCAAGGAUUUGAUUUCAGUCUUGAAGGCAUCACAGAUGAGGAGGAUAAAGAAAUGGCAAUGAAGAUGAUCUUGCAGACCGCCCUUCCAUAA